AUGCUCACUCGCAUCAACCCAAUGAUUUCCUUCUUUGAGUUUACAAAAGGUCAAUAUUUUACAAUGCACCCGGAGAUGCCAGACCAGCGUGAUGAAGGAGAUAUCUCCCGUUUUACCAUUCUUGUUUAUCUCAACGAAAAUUUCCAAGGCGGAAGGGAGGAAUUUGAGACACUAGGGGAGAUUGGAGCGCCAAAGACAGGAGCUGCUCUGAUCUACGAACAGUAUAAAAAAGAAAUCAGCCACAACAUUGUGAAAACGGGGACUAAGUAUGUUAUGAGGCUGGAGCUUGAGUACUGCCGUGAAAAAAAUUUCCAUGAUGUGCUUUCCAAGUUCGAUCGCACUACCAGGACACUUAUCAAACAUGUACGGGCGGAUCUGGUGCCAAGCGGAAUGGCUGUGCCCAGAAAACCGCGUCCGACUCAGGCCCCACGCGGUGCGCCACAGGGAUCGGGCAAUGACGACGAUAAUCCAAACUUGCGGGAUCUUUUUAAAAGGGGACAACAAUUCGCGGCAGCUCAAGAGCAGUUGAAGAAAAAUAUGCGGGACCGAAAUAACGGAAUGGAACAAACCAGCCAGGAAUCCGAAGUGGUCAAAGACCGCAAAAAGCCCAAGAAACGCAGAAUUCCAAAGCUUUGGGGAAAGCGACAGUGA